AUGGCGCCCGAGGUACAGAGCAAGAAGAGGAAGAUCGACGACGAGGGUCGUGAGGAUGAGGCCGACCUGGAUGUCGAGGCUGGUCUGAACAAGGCGUUUGCUCGGAUGGACGGCCAGCUCCUGGCUGAUCACGUUGCUCAAAAGACGUCUCGUUUUGGCACAGAGCUCAGUCCCAUUGAGCUCUCAGAUCUUUACAUUUCGGCCAACGCCAUCAAAGACACCACUUCGUAUGAGAAGCCGAGAAAUCUCGAAAACCUACCAGAUUUCCUGGAGAAGUUUUCAGCUGAGCCCGAGAAGCUCAACAAUGCAUCCAAGACGUGUGGUGCGCCGCAUACACUAGUUGUCUCGGCUGCCGGUCUCCGAGCCGCUGAUACUGUCAGAGCACUCAGGACGUUUCAAAAGAAGGGCAACACAGUCGCCAAGCUGUUUGCCAAGCAUUUCAAGGUAGAAGAACAGGUCGCCUUUCUCCAAAAGAACCGCAGUGGCAUGGCGGUUGGCACGCCUCAGCGCCUGGUUGAUCUCAUCGAGAAUGGGGCGCUCGCUACUUCGCAUCUCAAAAGGAUAAUUGUUGAUGCUUCACAUAUUGACCAGAAGAAGCGGGGGAUUGUGGACAUGAGGGAGACUUUGAUGCCGCUUGUGAGGCUUCUAUCGAGGAAGGAGCUCAAGGACAAGUAUACGGAUCCCAACCACCCGAUCGAUCUCAUCUUUUACUAA